CGGUGCCUGUCCUACCAUCGUCCACCAUCUGAUGUAUCCACCGGGAUGGGAAUAAAUACUGCCACAGGAGACUUUUUCUGGCCGAAAUGGCUUGGCUAAAAGGACUUUUCCUCCUACUGUUUUUCGCCAACGGACACGGUCAAGACCAAUUGGAAGUAUUCGACGUGCUGUCCGUGGUGCGGGAUGGGGAGCUGCCCGAGGGUAUCUCCCGUGUCCCCGGGCGAUGCCAGCCGCCCGAUCUCAUGGAGGGACAGUCAGCACUGUCCCUGAACGAGAACGCCACGCUGCACCAGCUGGCCGCCGGCAUGUUCUACAACACCUUCCCAGAGGACUUCUCGAUACUGACCGUUGUGAGACCUGGUACUGACCAGAACCCACUAUUCGUUCUGUACUCUGACGCCGGCGACGAGCAGCUACAGCUGGUGGUGGGAGAGCUGGUGGAGCUGUACUACGAAGAUACGCGCGGCGACCCCGACGACCACGAGAUGCUGACCUUCCGCGUCAACGUCACCGACGACAGAUGGCACCGAAUAGCUGUCAGCGUGAAGGGUGACUCGGUGACCCUGCUUGUGGACUGCGAGGUGAAAGGGUCACUGCCGCUGCGGCGCCGCCCCGGUAGCACCUUCAACCUGGCCGGAGUCCUGGUCGUGGGCACGCAGGUUACGCCAGACCAGUACUAUGAGGGAGAUAUUGAGCUGCUCCAGUUCGCUAACAAACCGGACUUGGCUUACGACAUGUGUAUAACUGUCGCCCCGGACUGCAUAGGGUAUGGUUCAAACACCGCUGAAGGAACCGGGGAACAUGGUUCCUACCAAACCACAGAAGCAAUCAGAGAGAGCUACGGCUACGAAGAAACCACUGAAGCAGCUAGAGAAAGUUACGGUUCCUACCAAAGCACCGAAGCAAAUAGAGAACCAUACAACGCUAAUAUAGGUAUAGUUAUAACUCGCACCGAAUCACCGUUUAGAAACAGAAAUCGAAACAAAUUCAGAACCGGUUCGAAUGACUACAGACAGCAAACUUUACGUCGAAACGAAUCGCCCAACAGAAUCGAUUCGAAUGAAUAUAGACGAGGAGGUCUCGUUAAUCGAAAUCGCCCACCUGGUAGAAUCGAAUCUAACUACGAUUCCAUUCAUAGAGAAAGCGGAUUAUACCGAAACCAGCCGCCGAUCACAAUCGAGUCGAAUACAGGAAAUCGUUUUAACGAAGUAAAUGAAUCGAGCAGCUGGGCGAAUAGAGCGGCCACAGAAAGGCCGUACUGGCAGGUAGCCGAGAACUACGGAUUUACCGAUUCUGACGAAAACUCCAUAUUCGGUCGAUUCACAGACAACGAUGAAGUUCUGUCAACCCUCUCCAACGUCGAGGUCACAUCGACCACGCCAGCACUCACCACCACCAUGCGAGGUACCGAAGAAGAGUCUGUUUUCACUACGGAGUCAUCAUACACACCCGUCACUACAGAGGACUCGGACUGGCUCACACAUCCACCAGAGUACGAUGGCAACACCUCUAUCUACGACAACACAGACACGUACUACGACUACGGGUCGGGCACGUACAUGGGGCCGCGGGGCUACCCCGGGCCCCCUGGCCAGCCUGGCCCCAGAGGCCCCAAGGGCGACCCGGGGAAACCCGGCCUGGAGGGACAGCAGGGCUUCCCAGGGCCCCCGGGACACGUCUUUGUGGUACCUCUAACACAGGCAGGCAACGAGAAGGGGCCCGACGCUCAGUCUGAGGCGUUAAGGCAGAUUCUAACCCAACACAUGGCGGCGAUGCGGGGCGCUGAAGGGCCGAUGGGUUUGACGGGCCCGCCCGGCCCCGAGGGUGACACCGGACCCGAGGGGCCCAAGGGCGAACAGGGCGACCAGGGCGAGCCGGGGCCCCCGGGGCUGAGGGGCCUCCAGGGGCCGCCGGGGCGACUGGGGCGGCGGGGCCACGCCGGGCGAGACGGGGAGCGGGGUUUCCCCGGACCACCUGGGGCUAAGGGGGAGCAGGGCUACCCGGGGCAGAUGGGGCUGCCGGGGGACAAAGGCGAGCGGGGCACGCCGGGACAGUCGGGGGAAGUCGGGGCCCCGGGACAGGACGGGCCUCCGGGAGACGACGGGCCCCCGGGACCACCCGGCCUAGCGGGAGAACUGGGUCCACGUGGAUUCAUGGGGCCGCGAGGUUAUCCCGGGCUGAUCGGCUACCCCGGGAUCCCGGGCAACGAGGGGCCGCAGGGGGCUAAGGGGGCCGCUGGUCAGCCGGGGCCACCGGGGGCCAUGGGCCAGCCCGGUCCGAUGGGGCCACCGGGCUCCGCUGGGCCGCAGGGACCGACGGGCGCCCCGGGAAUACAGGGUACUCAAGGCAAGCCGGGUAUGUCGGGGCUUCCCGGGCCGGAGGGGUCUCCCGGUACUCCGGGGAAUCCGGGACAGCAGGGCUCACCGGGAGAUGCAGGCCCGCCUGGACCACAGGGGAUGCUGGGAUUCCCCGGCGGGCGGGGGCCGAAGGGCGAGGAGGGGCCGCGGGGUCAGCCCGGCGACAAGGGAGAUAAGGGCGUCCGAGGUAUCGAAGGUGAAAAGGGUGAAAUGGGCUCAAAAGGGGAAAGAGGCCUGCCUGGAGAGCCUGGCCCGCCGGGAAUCGAAGGGCCCGAAGGACAGAAGGGAAUAGAAGGACCACGUGGUGAGACGGGAUCGAUAGGGCCAUCUGGUGAGAAGGGCGCCACAGGGCCCCAAGGGCCUCAGGGUUACCCGGGCAGCCAGGGGGAGAAGGGCGACAAGGGCGCUUACGGAAGACGAGGCAGGAGGGGCAUGAAAGGAGUUGCUGGACCUAUCGGAAAUCCUGGAGAUCGAGGCGAAUCUGGCCCAAGAGGAUACCGCGGACCGCGCGGUCGUCGCGGCUCCGACGGACCGCCGGGGCCAAAAGGGGACACCGGUCAGCCCGGACCGCCCGGAUCGAUAGGGGAACGUGGCCCUCAGGGGCUGGAGGGGCCACGGGGGUUCCCCGGAAGUACCGGUCCUCCUGGAGCUGACGGGAAAGCUGGCCUGCCGGGACCACCGGGGGAAAGAGGGCCUACGGGUGAAACAGGCGCACCCGGUCUUUCAGGGCCACCGGGGCCUGCCGGUCCUCAGGGACCAAACGGGGAACCGGGCCCUGCUGGUCCUCAAGGCCCGUCCGGUAUUCCGGGGACACCGGGUGAAGGUGGGGCCCCCGGGGAAAUGGGCAAAGCGGGCCCGCCAGGGCUACCGGGGCCAGAGGGAAAGGCUGGACCGGUCGGCUCGCCCGGUCCUCAGGGUAAUAAUGGAGAAGCUGGGUUGCCUGGUGUACCGGGCACUCCCGGCCAAAAAGGUGACAUGGGCCCUACGGGGCCGGCUGGAGUGAGAGGCGAUAAGGGCGAGCAGGGCGAGCCGGGGAGGGAAGGACCGCAGGGACCAAUAGGACGGGACGGACCGAGGGGCUCACCAGGGCCAGGGGGACAGAAAGGAGAAAUCGGAGAACCUGGACCUAUUGGUCCGGUGGGUCGAGAUGGACUCCCAGGUCCACGGGGCCUGACCGGGGCCCCGGGGCCAGUUGGUCCGCCCGGGGAAGACGGAGACAAAGGAGACGCGGGGCCACCCGGGGAAAAGGGCUUUAAGGGAUCUAUGGGUGAACCGGGCCCAACGGGUGCACCAGGUAUUCAAGGCCUAAGAGGCGAGCCUGGUCCAGUAGGGCUCCCCGGUGACAAGGGCCCUCAGGGUGACCCUGGCCCGCCAGGGAUACCUGGUAGUGAUGGAGUGAGGGGACCUCCAGGACCGAUUGGCAAAACUGGCCCUGAAGGUUCCAAGGGUGAGCAAGGUGGAAAGGGCGAUCGGGGAGUCGUAGGGCCUAAAGGUCCGCCUGGCCCAGCGGGACUAACAGGGCCUCCAGGGAUGCGUGGGGCCAAAGGUAACCAGGGAGAACCUGGACCGCGGGGGCCACAGGGGGAUGCGGGUGCGAUUGGUAACCCAGGGGCACCCGGACCCAUCGGACCGCAAGGACCAGAAGGAAAAAUGGGGCCACGUGGUUUAACUGGACCCAAAGGUGACGACGGCAGUCCGGGGCAGCAAGGAGAACCCGGCAUCAUAGGUCCGAAAGGACCCGAAGGACCGAAAGGCGACCCAGGACCGGCCGGGUUCCCUGGAGACCGGGGCGAAUCUGGGCCCCAGGGUAUAAAGGGUGAGCCCGGACUGGAUGGGCCUGAAGGCAGCGUGGGGCCGCCUGGUCCACCAGGCCCGGCGGGGCCCAUCGGCAAACCGGGUGAAACGGGAUUACCUGGUACCCCGGGUACGGAAGGAGCAGCUGGGGCCCAGGGUAGUCCUGGAUCGCCAGGGGAAAAAGGUGACACGGGCCCCAAGGGUGCCCCGGGAGAGCCAGGCCACGUGGGCCCCGCGGGGCCUCCGGGACCGGAGGGGCAGCGCGGCGUGCGAGGCAUUCCUGGACCUACGGGUGACGUGGGAGCUCCAGGCAUGGUUGGACCAGAGGGACCGUCCGGUGCUACAGGACCACCAGGUGGCCAGGGUCCCAAGGGGGACAAGGGCAGCCGUGGACCGAAAGGCCACAUCGGGGAUACAGGUCCAAUGGGAAUUAAAGGAGAUCAGGGAGAGCCGGGAAAACAAGGACUGCCGGGGCCACAAGGACCUAUUGGCCCGAAAGGCGAAAUGGGUCCAAUAGGUCCAACUGGACCGAAAGGCGAUCCAGGCCCAGUGGGUGCACCCGGUCCUGAAGGGCCCCUAGGACCGAAGGGCUCAGACGGCCAGGACGGACGGCCGGGGCCUCCGGGGCCAGCUGGACCAGCCGGGCCCCCGGGCCCCCCGGCCCCGCCGCCACAAAUACCUAUGGAGUUCUUCACGUCGAGUAGGAGACGGCGAAGUGUGCAGACUGAUUCCUUUGAAGCCACUACUGAUGAUGAUUUGGAUGAAGAAGAAGACCUGGACUGGGUGGGCGAGGUGAUGUCGGGCGUUGUGGCGGCGCGCGGCGCGCUGGAGCUGGCGCGGCGGCCGCGCGGCUCCGCCACCAGCCCCGCUCUCUCCUGCCGCGACCUCGCGCACUCACACCACAACCUCACUGACGGUCUAUACUGGAUAGACGCUCGCGGCGCCAGCUCCCGGCCUAUGCAAGUGUACUGUAUGGGGCAGAGCACCUGCGUGUACCCCACUAACAUAGAAGAGGACGUUUACUCCGAGAAGUCUGGACAAAAAUUCUCGAAGCUGGAGAAUGGAUAUAAGAUAAUGUACGACAGCGACGGGGCAGGCGGCGUGCAGCUGCGGUUCCUGCGACUGCUGUCCACCGUCGCCAGGCAGAACUUCACCUAUGUGUGCGAAAACACCAAGAUGGCGCAAAGGUCCGACAUCCCCGCUGAUCUGUCGAGGGUGAACAAGAUCAAACUGUUCGGUCAGAACUCCGUCGAAUUCAAGGAGCCUCAAGUUAUAAAGGACACCUGCAAGGACGGUGUCGGCGAGAUAGUUCUAGAAGUGAGGACAUCUCGUAGCGAGCGGCUGCCCAUCACCGACUUCCAGCCGCUGACCUUCGUCGACGCCGAACACCGCUUCUCCUUCAAACCCGGACCCAUCUGCUUCACUUGAACACUUCAUUGGUGUAUUAGGAUUUAGCCUCGAAUUUUGCGGGCAGCGGGGCUAG